AUGUUUAAAAAGGUUGAAAAGAUAACAUGCGUUGGGGCCGGAUAUGUGGGAGGUCCUACAUGUGCCAUGAUUGCUCACAAAUGCCCGGAUAUUCAGGUUACGGUAGUGGACAUGAACAUGGAGAAAAUCGAGCAAUGGAAUUCCGAGAAGCUGCCAAUUUUUGAGCCUGGGCUGGAGGAAAUUGUCAUGGCUGCUCGCGGAAAGAAUCUUCAUUUUAUCACCGAUAUUCCUAAAGCUAUUCGUGAGGCAGACCUUAUUUUUAUAUCUGUCAACACUCCUACGAAAACCUAUGGUAGAGGAAAGGGAAUGGCUCCGGAUUUGAAAUAUGUUGAAUCUGUAUCUCGUACCAUCGCUCAGCACGCAGUUGGACCAAAGAUCGUCGUUGAAAAAAGUACUGUACCAGUGCGCGCUGCGGAGAGUAUAAACGCUAUACUUAGAGAGGCUCAAAGGAACGAUCCUCGUUUGAAAUUCCAGGUUCUUUCAAAUCCGGAAUUUCUUGCUGAAGGAACAGCCAUUAGGGAUCUGUCGAAUCCAGAUCGUGUUUUGAUCGGUGGAGAAUCAUCACCCGAGGGUAAUAUCAUAUUUCUAAAAAAUCUUUUUUUAUUUUUCAAAAUGGAUAAUUCCUAA